CGCGCUCCUGAGCACUCGUGCAACUCGGCUACUGUAAUCUUAUGAUAGAGCCUCGAACCCCAUUCCUGAAUAUCUACACAUCGGACAGACUGCGACCGGCUCGGGAUAGGGAAAGUUCAUGCAAGGAUACCGUCAGUAAGGGCCGAAACUUGCAAGGAGAAGCCGCGUUUUGUUGAACAACAAGCGCGAGUGAGAGAAUAAAAAUAAACUGUGUGAAGAAGAAGAAACUUUUUCAAACUUUGAGGAGAGCGGUGUGAAGAUUUGAAAAACAACCCUGGACCACUACAACGUCAUGGUUGGGGAGACAGAGGUAAAAGAGAGACCAAAGUCCAGCCCGGACUACUUAAUGCAGCUCAUGAAUGAUCGGAAGGUGAUGAGUUCCCUCCCCAACUUCAGCGGCAUCUUCACGCACCUGGAGCGGCUUCUGGAUGAAGAGAUAGGCCGCGUACGCAAGGACAUGUACAUCGACACGAUGAGCGCGGGCCCUUCGGACGGCCGUGACAGCGAGGAGCUGCCCGACGGCAUCGGCCCCGUGGCCCAGCUGCAGGAGAAGCUGUACGUGCCGGUGAAGGAGUACCCGGAUUUCAACUUUGUGGGAAGGAUCCUGGGGCCACGCGGCCUCACCGCCAAACAGCUGGAGGCUGAGACCGGCUGCAAGAUCAUGGUCCGAGGGAAGGGCUCCAUGAGGGACAAGAAGAAGGAAGAAAUGAACAGAGGCAAGCCCAACUGGGAGCACCUCAGUGAAGAGCUCCAUGUGCUGAUCACGGUGGAGGACACGCACAACCGCGCCCAGAUCAAACUCACGAGGGCCACGGCAGAGGUCAAGAAGCUGCUGGUGCCUGCUGCCGAGGGUGAGGACAGCCUAAAGAAGAUGCAGCUGAUGGAGCUGGCCAUCCUGAAUGGAACCUACAGAGAUGCCAAUCUCAAGCAACCCACAAUGGCGUUCUCCCUAGCGUCGCCUCAGGCCCGUCAAAUCAUCACCCAGCACCCCUCGCAAGUCAUGCAGCAGGCCCUCCGAAACCCCUCCCCCAUGAACGGGCCCACCCUGAUGCCCCUCCUCCGUCAGAUCCAGAGCUCCGCCCUCAUGCAGGGGGGCAGUCCGCACCCGGCGCUGAUGCAGCAGGGGCCCGAGUCCGGCAUCAUCUACACCCCCUACGAGUACCCCUACACCCUCACGCCCUCCAUACUGGAGUACCCCAUGGACACCAGCGGAGUAUUAGGUGCCAUGACCACUAAGGUACGACGCCACGACAUGAGAAUCCAUCCUUACCAAAGGGUAAUGACCACAGACAGAGCUGCCACGGCAACUAACCCAUGACCCUUGACCUUCUGACCUUUCUGCCCACUGAUGACCCACCCAUCUCUGCCUGCUGGGCGUUUUCAUUGGCCAAUGGCCCUGCCACUCGCCCCGACAUCCCAACUAGAGACCAGCAUAAUGGGAACAACGUGCCGGCUCCUUUCUAACCAGCCAACCCUCAAGGACUUCAUGGGAAUGAACCUCUAAGGAACCGACUCACCCUAACCAAAUGUGCCUUCCUUCCGAAAGUCCACCCUCCAACUGUUGAUCCAGAAAUCUGUCACCUUUGGUGUAAAAAAAACAAAAAGCAAUCUGUUUUUCCAAUCGUCUCUGUUUAUGACCGUAGGUCUCCAUGGUGACUCGUCAUAAUCAAGUGCAGGGCCUCCACGCUUCCAAGCUUCUGUAAAAACGUUUUCUGUUUUCACCCUGAUCAGGAGAUUUAACGCCACCCUCUGAUUUGCACUCAACUGUCGUUACUCCCAAUGAUGAAAUUGACAAUAUUAACAGAAACAAUAACCUUACUGAAAAUGUUACUUAUUUAUGAAAGUUAAACCAGCAACACUGCGGGAUAUUUCUGAUGUUUUGGAUGUUUUUUAUUUUGUAUUACUCAGGACCAUAGCACCUACCAUUGGUCUCUACAUAUGUUUUGAAUCUACGACAAAAUAAUUGACUGUUGGCACACGUUGCCUUUCCCAUUGAUAUUAGGCUUUUCAAGAAAGUGCUAUGGUUUGAAUAUGCUAUCAAACUGUUUUGUGAUCAUGCUAGCGCCUAGUGCAGCACCUUUCCAACACACUGUGAUAGGAGUUUCAGAAAAGAGAAAGAAAGUAUACAAAUGGUUUCCCUAAAUAAGCACUCCUAAGUAAGAACAACUACUACCAGAAUGCAUCUCUGUCCCCUUUCACAAAUCUCACUUCUUAUUUUAGGGCAUACAAUGACAAAACUUCAGAUUCUGUACACAACAUUUGAUAGGUCUUGCACAAAUGUAUGCUUCCACUGCCUUGGUCAAACACACAUACACACACACACACACAUUUACACACACUAGGUGAAAAUAACAGUCCAAUUUGUGAUGAUUUGGUAGCGUCAGUAUUUCUAUAACAAUGACGCCUUUGACAUUAUCGUACUAAAUUGUACUAGCCUGAGCAACAGUGCCUCUAUGUAUGAACAGGGAUGGAAAAAUGUUACAUGUAGAUGUGUUUUUACACUACAUGAGUUUCAUGUGCAUCGUGAAAGAGAUAGUAUUGCGUUUCAAUGCAAGUUAAUUGGAUUAAAGUACGCAUUUAGUUACAGCCUCACUAUCUAACUAUUUUGGUUGCCUACAUUACAAAAGAUGUCAUUAUCUCAGUGCCAAAAUGGAUCAAUGGAUGGAUUUACUGCAGUAUUUACACAGCUGCCUUAUCAAUAUGUGUCAUUGAGCUGCAGUUAAAAACAUGUUCAGUGGACCUGGGGCCUCUUUGGAUCAGUAUUAUAUUUGAGUUAUUUUUAAUGGAUUUGUGUUGUGUAAUUUGUUUGCUUUGUCUAUAGGAGAUAGACAUCUCUGGAUGCUUAUUUUGCAUGUGUAUCCACUUUUCAGAGACGCAAAAAAACGUGCUUUGGUUCCGGUUGUGUUUUCUCUUGUAAGGGACGCCCUUCUCGUCCCAUUCAAUGCACAAAAAGCCAACCGAUGCCUGAAAUAAGUCAGAGUCAUUGCGUAACAUCUGUAACAACUACAUCAUGUAUUUUUAUAUUCUAUUUUGUACGUGAAAAUGACAUUAAAUUAACUUUUUUCCUACAAAAACUAUAUGCCCUAUAAUGGAGAAUAAUUUGAUAGCCAUUACUGUUUUUCUAUUUUGUUGUAUCCUUCAUCUCUUCGACUGUUGAGUGGUUCAGGAGGUUUCCGUGACCUCGCACUGUCCCCACUGUCCUGAUAUACUGGAGGUCUUUCUGAUCGGUCGCUUCCCCCUUGUGCCUUUUGUAUGUAAGUGUGAUCAUUAACAAUGCAGUAUGGAACAUUAAUCUACUGUGGAGCCACAUGUCGGAUACAACUAACCAUGUCUCUUCACUUCUGUGACUAUUAACCAAGAUAAUGAUAGCUGUCUGCUUUGGUUUCCUUUAAGAUUCAAAUUUUGUGUGUGUGAAGAAAAAAACAAAACAAGAUGUGUGUUAAACCAUGAUCUUUUAACUUUUUUUCUGGUUUUAAGAGUAGGAAUAACUUUUUGUUGUGCUGGAAAGCUGUUCAGCCCUCUAUUAAAAUGAUGAGUUGUUCAACUAACCAACUUUGUGGCUUUUUCUCUUUAGUACUUAAUGAUGCCAAUCAGUUUCCUUUCUGCAUACUAAUCUUUAGACACUCCUAAAAACAACUCUGAUACGAGUCAGGAGAUCCGUCCAACACACUAAAGAAAGUAUCCGGACUAAAUGCAGGAUAGUAACAACAUGUUCCCUCUCACUUGCUUCUUUCCCUCGAUUGCUCUUUCUGUGUGUUCCUCACUUUGGCGUGAACAUCGCAGAAGUGUAAGUGUGUGUGUGUGUGUGUGUGUGUGUGUGUGUGUGUGUGUGUGUGUGUGUGUGUGUGUGUGCGCGCGCGUGCGUGUUUGUGUGUGAGAGACAGCGUGCUUGUGUAUCGUGCGUGCAUGUUUGUUUGUCUGUGUGCGUGCAUGUAUCUGCGUGUGUGUGUGUGUGUGUGUGUCUGUGUGUGUGCGCGCUUGUGUGUCAAGGGAAACUAACGUCUCCGAAAUUGCAAAAAAAAAAGUCGACAGGCCCACAGCUGUAUAACCAGUAAAACAGGGAAAGUUUCAGGUGGCGGGGGAAUUAAGGGGGAUCGAUCGUAAGUACUCGCCCUCAAACAUCUGCACAAGACAUUACACUGUAGCGCGCCUUUGUAUCUCUGCGGCUGCGCAAAAACAAAUUACCAUCCAACAACAAUUUCUCAAUGCACAUUUUUGCUUAAACGUUUCUUUCAUUACCUCUAUUUGAGUGUGCUGAUUUGUCGAUACUUAAAAUGGACAUGGAUACUUAAAGGAAAUCCAGGCGCUCCAUGUGUAUAUAAUAAUCUUGACAUAACACGAUGGUUCACCCCAGAAUUCACUGCGACAUU